GCCCUUUCAUCAUGCUCGACCUCGCACUAGAAGAGACACUCGACGAACUCGAUCCCCUCCGCCAUCUACGCGAGGACGCUGGGUCCGACGAAGACGGCGCGGCGCGUAUCGUACCCGUGCAGCCGCCUUCCAUCCGCAAUCAAAGCAUAGAGCUGUCGUUCGACACAAGUCCCGCCGUCCAACCUGACACGGACGUGCCUGCGCGCAUCAGCAUAAAACUCGCAGUCGACGCCUCGCCGGGAUGCGGAGGCAUUGCAUGGCCGGCUGGAGAGGUCUUAUCAAGUUACAUCGCGCGCAAAGGCUCCUUGGAGGGAAAGACCGUCCUCGAGCUCGGCAGUGGAACUGGACUCGUAGGGCUUGUCGCCGGUCACCUUGGGGCCCGCGUCUGGAUCACCGACCAAGCCCCCUUACUAGAUAUCAUGAAACGUAACGUUGCCCUCAACAAUCUCGAUGGCCGCGUCACGGUCGCGGAAUUCAACUGGGGCGAACCUACGCCAGCCGGCAUACCGAAACCUGAUCUGAUCCUCGCGGCGGAUUGUGUCUACUUUGAACCGGCGUUCCCGCUUCUGGUACAGACCCUCACCGAUCUAGUCACGGAUCCGUCAACCGAAGUCCUGUUCUGCUACAAGAAACGUCGGAAGGCCGACAAGCGCUUCUUCACUCUGUUGAAGAAGUCCUUCUCGUGGGAUGAUGUUGCGGACGAUCCGCAACGUGAAGUCUAUUCCCGGGACGCGAUCUCUCUACUAAGGCUAUUGCGCAAAUGAGGCUGCGCAUAUCCCUGUGUGGGAUGCGGGAGUGACAGUCAAUAGAAACAGCGAUCCGUGGAGCUUCGCAAUUUCCCUGGCAGUGGCAUGAGCGUGGUAUGUGCUCGUAUGAGGCUUCCGCCACCUUCACCGGAUCGGACAUCCAGCCCCCGGGUUCUCAGGGUGUCUUGUCGUUUCGUGAGCUCGUCACCGGAAGGCGUAGACUGUACUUUUUGUGUACUUGUAGACGUUAUGCUAUUCAGGGUCUCUUCACAGACGAUGCGGUGUGGAAUGA